UACACAUCAAAGAGAGAGAGUCAAAGUGACUCACUUAAAAGGUAGUGAGCAGUAAGAUUUAAUCUGCCUUGAUCUAGUCACAUCCCAUGGAGAAAAUCAGCUCCUUCUUCAGCUCCCUCUGGAAUCUCAUCUAUACCAAACAUGAGCAGGGUCUCUUCAAUACCAUAUGCCUGGGGAUACUCUUGGGGCUUCCUGUCCUGGUUAUUCUAGCACUCUUAUUCGUCUGCUGCCAUUGCUGCUGGAGCAGACCAGGCAAGAACAAUGGUCAUUCAGAAAGGAACAAGAAGAAGAAGAAGAAAAAGAAGGAUGAAGAGGACCUAUGGAUCUCUGCUCAACCCAAGCUUCUUCAGCUGGAGAAGAGGCCAUCAUUGCCUGUCUAGCAGGAGGUAGAAAGCAAAGGCAUCCUCUUCCUGAGACUUGGAACCUUAGAUCCAGCCACCAUUGUUCAGGGAGGAAGAAAUCCCCAGUGUGGCUACCCUGAGUAACUUCUAAACUAAGAUACUCCAAAGCUGGCAAACAAAACAGCCUGAGACUCAUCAUAGUGAACAGACUUACAUGGAAACCCACAUGCAAGGGGUAUUUUAGUCAAUCUGAUCACAGCUUAACCACUGUGGGUGCUCACGAAAGGAACAAUAUUUAAUAGCACCUAUUGCAAUAGGUACAUUCACAGGCUCAUGCCUACAUUUAAAAGACAAAUAGCUAUCCUAUCAUACCCAAGGGCACAAAUACACUGUAAUGCACAGGAAAAAAAGGACAAAAAAAUCAAUGUGUGCACAAACAUACGACCAGGUACAUAGGCAGGUGUACAAGGACAUAACACACUUCUCUGCACCAGUUCACAUCUGUAGAGUCUCUUAUAAAGACAUGCUCAACUCUGUGCAUGUGUGCAAAAAUAUUAAAAAUGUCAGGAAUGCUUUGCUGACCACUGUCUCCAUUGCUGCAACUUCUAGACAUAGGUCAAGUUGUA